UCACUUUCACCUUUGAAGGCGGCGCUCUGCUGGCGCUCUGCUGGCACUCGACGUCGGACUCGUCCCGCAGUCUCGUCUGGAGGAGGACGCGGCGAGGUUCGGAGAGCAUGUCGGCCACGCGAUCCGAGGAGGUGCAAACCGGGACGACAAUCGUCGCCAUCGAGUUCGACGGCGGGGUCGUGCUGGGCUCGGAUUCGCGCGUCACCGCCAGAGAUUCCGUGGUGAACCGUGUGAUGAACAAGCUGGUAGCCCUCCACCCAAAGAUCUACUGCGCUCUGUCCGGCUCUGCGGCGGACGCUCAGGCGCUUGCCGAGCUCACCAGCUAUCAGCUGCAGCUUCACAGCUUGGAGAUCGAAGAGGAGCCGCGGGUGGGCGCCGCCGCUACCCUGGCCAAGAACACGUCGUACCGCUAUCGGGACGAGCUGUCCGUAAAUCUCAUCGUGGCCGGCUGGGACAGAAGAGGCGGCGGGCAGGUGUUUUCCACGCUGAGCGGCGCCCUGCUGCGACAACCCUUCGUCGUGGGCGGCUCGGGCAGCACUUACGUGUACGGCUUUGUGGACACCGCGUACCGCCCCGGCAUGAGCAGAGAGGAGUGCCAGCAGUUUGUCCUGAACACCCUCGCUUUGGCCAUGAACCGGGAUGGCUCCAGUGGAGGCGUGGCCUACCUAGUCACCAUCGACCAAAGCGGUGCACAGGAGAAAGUCGUUUUGGGGAACGACUUACCCGCCUUCUUUGACAAGUGACGCAUGCCGAUGCAACGCAGCCUGCCUGGACCCCUUCGGUGUCUGCGACUUAACUUUGAAGUUCCCGAAGAAGACCUCGUGUGGAACAAUUGAGCUUUAAAUGUCUUGUAUGUAAAUUGCCACGUGUGCCUGCCUGUCAAUAUUUUUGAUGUCGCCAACAGUUCAGACAGACGGGUCUUCCGUUUGAAUCGAUUGACUGGCUUUUUCUGGAACACAAACAACAAAUUGUGGGAACGUGUCGACACCGCGGAUCAAGCACAAUCAUGAACCCGAUAGAACAUGAAGGACUGUUCACGACUUCCAAACAACCCCAUCUUGUGCGCUUUCUGUCACUUUGAAAUCAUGUCCUGUUUUGGGAUGAUAAAGGAUGUAAUUUUGUAUGUUUUUUUUUUUUAUUCAUAAAAAAAGACAUUGAUCGAUUAUUCAAAUAAAAGUUGGUGAGCAGCUGUAAAACAGGAAA